AUGACUAUAUAACAGUCGGGUACACAACUCAGAAGCACAUUGUAUACACUUGGCUUCAAGUUGUAAGUUUCUUCUGUUGAAUUAAAAUAAAAACAUAAAGGAUGAGGAGCUUCAUCAUCAUCACAGUGCUGUCAGCACUCGUAGCCUGCUAUGGCGCCGCUGUCCUCCCGAGCGAGGAGGAGAUGGUCACCAUAAUAUACGACGACAAGUCACCUAAUGGAAUCAUUAUGUCCAGAGCAGACUUUAAUGCCAGAUCUCAGGGUUGGGUACUGCUAUCUGAAGCAAACGACUUAAUUCCGGCUGUUGAAGGCCAAGAGCAGAGCAUCAGAAUGGUCUACAGAGCACAGCGCGGAGUCAAAAUAAAUAUGCUGUCAGUAUCUGCUCGUCUCAGUGGUAUUCCUGAAGUAAACAAUACUCCACUUGGCAGGAAUUACAUAGACGUUAAAGUAACGUCACGUCCCGGUUUAGGUCUGAAUUCAACCAUCAGUGUAUAUAGAUGGGAUUGAAAACCAAUGCUGGUUCAUAAACUUAGUUCACCACCUCCAUAAGCACCCUAUGAUAACCUCUGCAUGCAUAUUGUUAUCCGAAAACCCGACUAAAAUGGCAAAUAAAUCAUAUUUAUAAAGAGUUCCAUCGUUUA